AUGUCUGAAGAUGGGGACGAAACUGCGGAGGACGAUAUGUUCAUCUGCUGGGUGCAUGGCGUUCGACACCUCAGUAGCAUGCACGCGCUACGCGAAAGUGCCAGCGUGGCAGACGUUCACCUAGAGCAAAAGCCUCGCUAUGACUUCGCGAAGUUAAAGGCCAGAGGCCGUCUGCGAGGAGCAUUACGCUCCCGCUAUGCUUCGGCUGCCUCUGCAGCCGCGAGUUCACGUCAAUCUUUAGACACAAACUCGCCCACUCUCACUACGACGAGUGAGAAGCGUGACGCUCGUCAAGACGAGCUCGGCCGUGGCGCUCAAAAACGUCAAUGGCGUAUGGGCAGUCUUGCCGGAAGGAAGUCUCAUAAUCCCAUGAGUUUUCAGACUCAGGGUAUCCACGCCACUUCACCAGAUAUUGGUUGUGACCAUGACGACAACUUCGUUGAACACAUGGAACUGUAA